AUGCAGACGCGCAACGAGGGACGUAUAGCUCCAAUGAAGAAGACUUGUCAGUUAAACGAUACGUUUGAAGAAGACACGAGUUCUUAUGACGGAGAUAAGGAGAAUGAGGUGAACGCAUUGAAGACAAGGAGGAAGCGUAAAGACGGUGCUAGAGCCUCUCGUGAAGGGAAGAAGAAGGGACUGUCAAAAAGACAGAAGGUUGGCAAUUCAGCAGGUAACGCUCUAGGCCAAGAAUCGCCACCAAUUUUUACGUUUAGAACGAAAAAAACAUCUUUUCGCAAGCGAAAAACGCUGAAACUGGAGCGACAAGUCGAAGAAGAAGAGAAGAAUAAAAAGCGCAUCGAGGACUUGGUCGCCUAUUUCAAAAAGUUGGACGCACAGAAGCUGGAAACGGCGUAA